GUUCAUGGUGUGUUGCAGUUCUGUGUUGAUGCUUCAACUAGGACUAGGACCUAACUGUGUUAGGACCUCGAGGACUAAUUUUAAGCUGAUGUCAUACAAGCCUGGGUCAACGUGACAUUGUGUGUCAUCCAGUUGACAUCUAGAUGACAUUGUGACACAACUUAAAUGCCACUCUAGUGCUGGGUUUUAGAUUAACGCUAGGUUCUGUUUUAAAGUGACGUCCCCUGUGUGUUGUUGCCAUGGCGACGGACAGCGUGGUUUACAUCCACUUCCUGUUGGUCACCUGUCUAGUAGGUCAGGGUGACAUUGUGACGGCCGUCAGCUGUGACGGCAUCGAUGCCUGUCGGUGUCGGUACAGCGACGGUCGGGGCGUCGUUGAUAUCAGCAGUAUCGGGCGACUGGACGGCAAACCUACAUUUGCAGACGAGAUGGAUUACAACGGCAACUUCUACUCCUACAACCCGUGUUUCCCCCUCAGUUUGGGCAACUGUCGUGACGCCGCCGUGUGCAAGAGGUCGGGCAGUGAUUACGUCGAUGUUGGCCUCCAGUCAAAGACCACGUGGUCUUAUAACGGCUACUACCCAGUGGUCACUUACACCUCCGAUUCCGGCAAAAAAACGGAUGUGAUACUGUACUGCGAUCAGAAGUACACGACAGCGCAACUGGAUGUGAUUGGAGAAUCGAUACCUAAUGUUGUGUCGAUGAGCAUGUGGUCCAUGUGUAAUUGUCCCAACACGUGUAAGCACAUUGAUCCACCAUCUAGCUCAGAAGGACUGACAGUUGGAUCAAUUAUGCUCAUUGUAUUCUUUUGUUUACUGUUUGUUUACUUUGUGGGUGGGAUGGUUUUCAACUACACCAGAACAAAGACAGGGGGCAAGGAGAUAAUCCCCAACUUCAACUUUUGGACAGCUCUUCCUGGGUUAAUCCUAGACGGCUUCCGGUUAUCCUGGGAUUUUGUGUGCAGACGUAACAAGGGAGAGUAUAACAACGUUUGAUCGCACAGUUGCAGUAGAGCAGCGCCACAUCUUGUCAAGCAGACCACAUCAUUAGACCACUUCAUUAGACCACUUCAUUAGACCACUUCAUUAGACCACUUCAUUAGACCACUUCAUUAGACCACUUCAUUAGACCACUUCAUUAGACCACUUCGUGGGACCACUUCAUUAGACAACUUCAUUAGACCACUUCAUUAGACCACUUCAUUAGACCACUUCGUGGGACCACUUCGUGGGACCACUUCAUUAGACAACUUCAUUAGACCACUUCAUUAGACCACAUCGUUAGACCACUCCAUCAGACCACUUCAUUAGACCACUUCAUUAGACCACUUCAUUAGACCACUUCCUAUCUGGCUUUGGUAAUCACAACAGAGAUUCUAUACUUUCUGGGGUGAAUCUUACAACAGAACGAUGAUGAUUAUUAUCAACUCUUUGAAAAAAAAACCUUUGUAACAUCGACAAAAGACAUUUUGUUUUAUUUUGACGUUAUUAUAAUACCAUAUGUUAUUUUAUAUUAUUUAACUGAGCAAGGCAACCUACGGGCAAGAUGUAGAUAGAGGGAGUGACAUCUCACUUAGUGUACGCUGUCAAAUUCGCGGAGUGAUUUUUUUUCGUCUUUGCUAAGACCAGUGUUUCUUCUUCUAACAGUGUUCCCCCCUUCCCACCCCCGAGAAAAAAGUCUGGAAGAAACACUGGCGCUAAGACGUGACUGAUGACGUACACAUAAUACCUGUACACAUUUUUAUGCAGAUUUUGUACACAGUGUUAAAUAAAUUAAAUUGUCAAUUAACUAUAAUUUGAUUAUGUUGAUUAUGUCAAUGAGCUCCCGUUAUAAAAAUAAUGUAGCAAUACACUCAAU